AUGGGGUUCCUGCAGAGGGUGGAACUCCCAUUUGUUUCUCGAUGGAUCAACGACGACAUUCGCCCUAUCGAGUCUAAGAGGCGAACAUGGGGCUUCCUGAUGUUCCAUAACUUUUGGCUUUUGGUGAACUGCAACAUCACCACCUACCUCACUGGGAGUGCUUUGAUCCCGCUUGGCCUCACUUGGUGGCAGGCUUUCAUAUGUAUUGUCCUGGGGAACCUCAUUGCAACGGGUGUUGUAAUCAUCAACUCCCUCCCUGGAAGCUACUACCACCUCUGGUACGGCUUCACAGCUUGGGUCGGUGGCGAAUGCGUCUACCUCAUCCUCCUGUCCUGGGAUCCGCGCCUCGAGUCGCACAUCCCCAACACGAUCCCCUCAGACACGGGCAUGACGACAGCACAAUUCGUUUCCUAUAUCAUCUUCAGUGUGAUUAGCUUGCCGGUGAUAUGGAUCCGUCCGCACCGCCUCGAGAUGUUCUUUCGCUUCGCCUGCUCUAUCACGCUCGUCUUCUUUCUUGUUCUCCUCAUCUGGGCCCUGGCGACCAUGGGACCUGCUGGGUUCGGCGACACCAUAACAUCUGGUUCUCCCCUGCCCAACACCGGAGGACCGGAUAGCGUGGCGUGGCUGAUGGUAUAUGGCAUUGUCUCGACGAUUGGGUCCAUCGCAGCCGGAAUUUUGAACCAAAACGACUACUCUCGCUUUGCGACUCAACCAAAGCAUGCCAUCUUGGGACAAGCCGUGUCUUUCCCGUUCUACGGCAUCCUAAGCUCGUUGAUCGGCAUCCUGGUGACGGCAGCGACCCAGGAUCGGUUCGGUGGUGAGGCCAUUUGGAAUCCACCAACGCUCUUUGCACAGCUGCUGGCGCAGAACGAGACGGCGGGGACACGUGCGGCAUGCUUUUUCGCUGGUUUGUGCCUCGUCAUCUCCCAGAUUGGUGUCAACGUGCCCGGUAAUGCCCUCGCUGGAGGCUUUGACCUUGCUGCGACGUUCCCGAGGUACCUCAACAUCCGUCGAGGGGCGUACCUCACGGCCAUUUUCAGCGUCAUUGUCAAUCCUUGGCGGCUUGUGAACACGGCCACGACGUUCUUGACGGUCCUGUCGAGUUACAGCGUCUUCCUUGCGCCGAUGACUGGCCUCAUGAUUUCCAGCUACCUAGUUGUGAACAAGAGGAAGAUCGAUGUUGAUGAUCUUUACCGUGGCGACUCGGGAAGCAUCUAUUGGUUCUCGUAUGGAUGCAACUGGCGUGCCCCCGUAGCGUGGCUGGUGGGCGUGGUGCCCUGUAUGCCUGGAUUUGUGGCAGCGGUGGAUUCCUCGGUGACUGUCAGCCCCGGAGCAACUGAGCUGUACUACAUGUCCCAUUCACCACCCGGUGAUGCCAGUCAUGACCCUGUCGUUGGCUCUCCUGUCACCGGCUCUCGCCUGGGCGCAACAGGACUAUGGACCCUGGAAGACAACGAGAAUCGGACGGCCCACAGCAUGGGCCCGGCUGCAGAGCAAGAUACCUACGUUCUUGACUCCAUUCCAUCCGGCGUCAUGAGCAGUCCGGAUGAUAUUGACGCCGACAUGAUCCAAGUCUACGCCGGUACCAAGUACCCCUGGGAUCCUCCAGUCCACUUCUGCCUGCUCCAAGACGAGUUCGCGCCACACGACAACGCCGCAAAGCAGGUUGCCUCGAACGCCAUCGAGGGCCUCGUGGGGCCGUACGGGCCCAUUCUGCUCAGGCUCUACUUCAAGCACGUUCAUCCCGUCCUCCCGGUCCUCUCCAAGGGUAGGUUCCUGAGGCAGUACGCCUCCGAUAAGACCAAGCUACCAGCGUCUCUCAGAGGGGCGGUUUAUGCGCUGGCCUCCGUCUUCGAGAAGAAAGAUCCAUCCCUGAAGGGACCCUUUCCUUUCCAGCAACACCAGCUUGCCGAUUAUGCGACCGACUCUCUGCAGCGAGAGCUUGACUCCCCGAACCUGGCCAAGUUACAGGCUAGCCUACUCUUGCUGCACGUCAAGCCCAACCAUGUCGACAGCAUUGAGCAUCCACGGACCUGGACCUCGACUGCCGAGGCUGUUGCUAUAGCACAAAUGAUCGGACUACACCAGGACCCAGAGCGGUGGUCCCUCGCACCCUGGGAAAAGAGGUUACGCAGGAAGCUCUGGUGGGCGACCUAUGUCACAGAUGCAUGGUCGGCCGUGUGUCAUGGGAACCCACCACACAUCUAUCCCGCAUCCUUCAAUACUUCUGUGAUCGUCAUGGAGGAUUUAAGGAGCGAUGAAGAUCUGUCCGAGGACGUCCAGAUCAUGGUGGAUCCUAGUAGUGCUCGUUUCCACGUAUCCACCGGAGCGCGUUUUCUGGAGUUGGUGAAAAUCAAGCUAGCGCCCCUCCACUUGGCUUACCAUGCCUAUCAGGCUCUUCUCUUUCGGGCACUCAUGAGCCCGGCGACAAAUGAAGCGAAGAAUGAUCCCUCUUCGAACCUUUGCCGCUGGUUUGGCACCGCCGUGGCCGAGUUUCAAGCCUUCGCAAGGUUUAUGGACAAGGUCACGGCCGAGGAUCUGCAGGGCUUCUGGGGCCGCCAUGCUCGGUCCCAGCUGAUACUUUGCGGGAACUUCAUCAUCUUCCUCUUCCUGCAACAACCCAAGACUUUAGAUCUUCAGUCUGCCUGGAGUUUAAGUCGCUCUUCUCGCAAGGACCAGAGCUCAUACGACAGUAUCAUUCAGCGAGAGUAG